AUGCGUAGCCAAGAUUUCACCAAACGUCAAUCAACUUCAUCAGUAUGUACAACGUCAAAACAAUUAUCAAUUUCCGACAUUCCCAAAAAUUGGAGAAUUCAACGCCGGGAAACUCAACUGAUCUCCCAAGUUUCCGCAAUCAUCUUACAACGACAAACAAAAUACUGGGCAUCCCUUCUCAAAACCACUCUCCAAUUCUCCUCAUUAAGCCCUUUUCAAUUCCUCCAAAACUUGUAUAACACCAAAGCCUCCCCGAGAAUCUCCCCGGAGUUGUACAAUUGGGCGAGGAAGAAUCUGCAUUUUGAACCCGACCUUAAGAGCCAGUGUAAGCUGACCCAUUUGCUAUACGGUCCUGGACUGCCCAAGCAUACCCGUCGGAUCAAGUGGUGA